AUGUCCGUCGCAACCAUGCUGCAGCCAGCGUCCCGCGCCUCUCGCGCAUCAACCUCCUCCUCCUCCUCCUUCCAGCCCAUGAGCAGACAGAACACGAUGUCCUCGCACGAUGCCCGCUCGAUGCGCCAGUCGAAGCGCAUGUCCGUCACCGCGCUCUACCUCUCCAUGUCCGCAAAGGAGAAGGACCUCGAGAUAUCAGACGAACUCUCAAAAGCGCAAAAAAGCCUGCGGGAGCUCAAGUCGAAGAUCUCCACGCAGUCAAAGAAGAACUUUGUGCUUGAAAAGGACGUCAGGUACCUCGACUCGCGCAUCGCUCUGCUCAUCCAGAAUCGCAUGGCCCUGGAGGAGCAAAACGAAGUGGCCAGCCAUCUGGAUGACCCAGCAGACAUACAAGAAGGGGCCUUCCCCAACGACGACAAGACGCAAAAGUACGGUAACCUGCUCUUCCUGCUGCAGUCGGAGCCCCGUCACAUCGCCCACCUGUGCCGCCUCGUCUCGAUGGCAGAGAUCGACUCGCUGCUGCAGACCGUCAUGUUCACCAUCUACGGGAACCAGUACGAGAGCCGCGAAGAGCACCUGCUGCUCACCAUGUUCCAGUCCGUCCUCACCUACCAGUUCGACAACACGCCCGAGUACUCCUCGCUCCUACGCCAGAACACGCCCGUCUCCCGCAUGAUGACCACGUAUACCCGCCGUGGACCGGGACAGGCAUACCUGAAACAUAUCCUGGCCAGCCAGAUCAACUCCCUCAUCGAGCUGCACGACAUCGACCUCGAGAUCAACCCGCUCAAGGUCUACGAGUCCAUGAUCCGCCAGAUCGAAGCCAGCACCGGCUCAUUGCCCGCCUACCUCGACCGCGCAGUCACCGCAGAGGUCGCCGCCGAAAACGAGCAGGUCCAGGCCAUCAUUGCGCCCAGACUCAAGAUGCUAACCGACCUGGCCAACAGCUUCCUCAAGACUAUCAUCGACGGCCUCGAGGAGACUCCCUACGGCAUCCGCUGGAUAUGCAAGCAGAUCCGCAGUCUCUCAAAACGCAAGUACCCGGACGCCCAGGACCAUGUCAUCUGCACCCUGAUCGGAGGCUUCUUCUUCCUGCGCUUCAUCAACCCAGCCAUCGUCACGCCGCGGUCGUACAUGCUCAUCGACGGCACUCCCGCAGAGAAGCCGCGCCGCACACUCACCCUGAUCGCAAAGAUGCUGCAGAACCUCGCCAACAAGCCUUCCUACGCCAAGGAGCCCUACAUGGCCAAACUGCAGCCCUUCAUCCAGCAGAACAAAGAGCGAGUGAACAGGUUCCUCCUCGACCUCUGUGAGGUCCAAGACUUCUACGAAAGCCUCGAGAUGGACAACUACGUCGCCCUGUCCAAGCGCGACCUCGAGCUCCAGAUCACCCUCAACGAAAUCUAUGCUACCCACGCCCUCAUCGAGAAACAUGCCCCCACCCUCGCCGCAGACCAGAACUCCCAUCUCAACGUCCUCCUUCAGGAACUCGGUCCUGCGCCCGCCCAGCUGCCCCGCAAGGAGAACAGAGCCAUCCACCUGCCCCUAUUCAGCAAAUGGGAAGCACCCAUCGACGACCUCACCUCCGCCCUCGACAUCACCCAGGAAGAGAUCUUCUUCAUGGAACCAAAUCCCCCUUUACUAGACCGCAUCGCCGAAGCAGCAGCCACCCUCAAAAACGACGCCGUCAUGGUCCGCAAGGGCAUCCGGACAAUGGAACUCCUCAGCCAGCUGCAGGAACUCGGCGUCAUCGACCGAUCAGACGACUUCUCCUUACUCCGCGACGAGGUCGAGCAGGAACUCGUACACCUCGGCUCGCUGCGUGAGAAAGUGCUCGAGGAACAGCGCAAGCUGGAGGAAGUCUACCGUACCAUCCGCGACCACAACGCUUACCUGGUCAACCAGCUCGAGACCUACAAGUCGUACCUGCAUAACGUACGCAGCCAGAGCGAGGGCAAGCAGCGCAAGACGCAGAAACACCAGGAACUCGGACCGUACAAGUUCACCCACCAGCAGCUUGAGAAGGAAGGCGUCAUUAGACGAAGCAAUGUGCCCGAGAACAGGCGGGCGAAUAUAUACUUUAUGUUCAAGAGCCCUCUCCCAGGCACUUUUGUCAUCAGUCUACACUACAAGGGACGAGCUAGAGGCCUGCUAGAACUAGAUCUGAAACUCGACGACUUGCUGGAAAUGCAGAAGGACAACCAGGAAGACCUGGACUUGGAAUACGUCCAGUUCAACGUCUCUCGCGUCCUGGCUCUGCUUAACAAGCGCUUCGCCCGGAAGAAGGGCUGGUAA